AGGGGUCGAGCGCAUCACGAGCUUCCUGGGACUGCAGCCCCCGGCGCAGUUCCUCAUUCCCCUCGCACUCGGGCCUCAGGCUGGGUGGAGUUCAGCACUGGGGUGUUGGUGGCAGCGCUGAGGGUCCUGCACUGCCCCAUUAUGGUGUCUGCUCUGACCGUCCUCCUCCUCGGCUGCUGGCUGGCCGGGCACAGCGGGGCGUGGGGAGAGCCCAGCUACCCCAAACCCAGCAUCUCUGGGAUCCCCAGCGAGGGGGUUUCAUUGGGGGGAUCCGUGAGCAUCUGGUGUAAGGGGCAGCACCAGGCCAUGCAGUUCGUGCUGUAUAAAGAUGGACGCCAUCUCCAAAGUGUGGAUUCGGACUCACAGGCUCUGUUUCUCAUCAACAACGUGAGCCGGGAGGACGGCGGGAGCCACAGCUGCUCCUAUCGCAGCAGAUCGGAGCCGUUCAACGUGUCGUACCCCAGCGACCCCGUGGAGCUGGUGGUGAGAGAUCCCAGCUUACCCAGACCCUCCAUCUCCCUGAGCCCCACUGGGGUCACCGCCCCAGGGGCAGACGUCACCAUCUGGUGUCAGGGGCAGCACCGGGACAUGAGGUUCUUCUUGCACAAGGCUGGAGACCUGAACCCGCAGCGACACAUGGACCCUGCUGGGGACGGGGCCGAGUUCCGCAUCCCCAGCGUGGGCCGGCAGCACGGAGGGAACUACAGCUGCAGCUACCGGCCCCAAUCAGAGCCCUUCAUCUCCUCAGAGCCCAGUGACCCCGUGCAGCUGGUGGUAGCAGACGCUGGUUCUAUUCCCGCAACGGGAACUGACCCGACCCAGCCUGGAGCGGCCCCGGCUCCCACCCGCCUGGACAGCCCAGAGCCAGGAUCGAGACCUCUGACUUGGGCCAUCAUCGCCGGGAUGAGCGUAGCAGCCGCCGGCCUCCUCCUGCUUCUCUUCCUUGUGGCCUUCGUCUGUUUCAGAAAAAUCCGAGCCAGAAGAGGAGCUGCACCGAGACCGAGCAGCACCAGCCCUAUGGGGGCAUUAAAGGCGCCGGCUCAGCAAGACCCCCUCUACACCUCCAUCGACAAAGGGAAAGAGACGCAGACCCCGUGAUGAGCAGAGAAAGAGUCCCCUCAGCUCCACCAUCAUGGCCCCGGCAUGAGAUGCUUCCCACCCCCGGCCCCUGCAGCCUCCGGACCUACAGAUCAGCCUGCAGAGACACCCCUGACCCACAUCUGCCUGGGUGCUCAGACAUCGGCUGGCUCCCUGUUGCCUCAGUUUCCCUUAACUUCUGCUUAAAGAGCCCCCCUAAGUCUGCUAGUCCCCACAAGUGACACUCUGUACCUCGGGGGGACACCCUCCACCCCCAUGUUCAUCCUUAUAAUAUGAUGAUAAUAAUAAUA